AUGGCGGCUCCGUGCUCGGGUCGUAAGAGAAGUAAUAAACGAAUCGGGUCAGAUGAUUCCCAUCCGUUACUUGGCAAAACGCAGCGAGCAUCUUCGUCGACACAUCAAAGUCCGAACCUUUAUCGAUCAGAACCCGGCCCAGUCCCCUUCAUCCGGUUCCCGGUGGAGGAAAAUCUGUGUAAAUUAGUGGUGAUGGGCAAGGACAGGGUCAUCGGCGCGGAUAAAGUGGCCGAGGUAAAGCGAGAAUUUGGUUCUCCCUAUGAUUUUCUCGUUAAUCUAGUGCUUUCUGUAGAUUUCGUCUGGGGGCAUGCUAUGGGAAGUUACCAACCAGCCAGCCAGCCAGAACCNAAAAAACACCCCCACGAGCCCAAAACCCCUCGAGACAUGAACCGAGCCACGAUCCUCCGCGUGCUACCCUUCCUCCUUCUCGUGCUCCUCCACCCUAAGCCUACGGCUCAGAAAAAGUGGCCAGUCAGCAUUCCUCCUCUCUGCGACGCGCAGUACGGGCUGGUUAACAGCGCUUGCCGAUCACUGCCCGCUUGCCCAUGGGCCCCACCAGGCCCACAGGCCCUCGGGCCCUCCCCGUUGGGCCCUCAGGCCCAAAACUCAACAGCGGAUGAGGAGAAGUGCUGCCGGUGGCUGAGAGAGGUGGACAAUGCGUGCGUUUGCGGGCUUCUUGUGCCGCUGCCCGCGUUCUUGUCGAGGCCCGCCCAUAACUACACGGUUGUGGUCGAAGGAGUCUGUGAGGUCACUUUUCGAUGCGGGCCGAGGCUAGUCGGCCCAUGA